AUGCGCACACACGGCACUGGGAAGGCCCCGAUCAACAAGCGUCGGCAGCCCCAAUUGCCGAUCGCCAGCUCCCGAAACCCGCUAAAACAAACGGCCCCCAGCCCGCUAGCGAGUCUCACCUCGGGCUGCAACACCUCAGCACGACAGGAGACAGCCCAAGUCCAGGUCUUUGAGAGAAAGUUCGGCUUCGACGUCGCGGCCAUGUGCGACUCGAUUGGCUGUGUGUGUUGGGGGGUGGUGGACGGCCGGUUUGGAUUUUCUGCACCGGUUAGCACACGCUCUGCUGUUGGCUCAUUCGUUGAUCGGUUUCGAUGGGCUCUCCCGACCGGCCAUGAUUGGCCGCGUCCGUUACACAUCCCCCGCGACCACCAUUCUGGCCAGGGUCCGCGCAGGGUCCGACCUUAUUAUCCAGAGCCGCAUCAGGAUAUCAACUCCCUCAACAAUCUUAACUUCCUCCUUGGAUACCAUCUCGCCUCGCUCCCUUCAUCAGACCAGCAAUCGCCCGCCCUUUUGGCCGCCCUCACCAUGGACUUUUCCGGCAAGGACCUCGAGGACAUCCAGCGUGUCGCCGGCCUCUUGAAUCUCACUGUGGACGAGCUGCUCGAGCAGAGCCGUGCCCGCACCCAGCUGGCCGAGCCUGCCACCACACCCAUCCAGCAGCAGCAGCAAUCCCUCCCCCUUCAUUCCUUACAGCCGCAAGCCGGGCAUUCGACCUGGUACCAAGCUCACCCCCUUCAGAAUGAGCAUUAUCGACCCCCUGUGGAGAUAGACCUGGAAUCUCUCGAGUUUGAAGACGAUCUUGCUCAGCUGCCACAGGAAACUUCCGUGUCACAUCUCCAGGGGACCACGGUGGAGCUUCUGAACCCUCGGCGCUCAGAGUAUGACUGUGACGUGGGAAUUUGGGAUUUCGAGAUGGUUGGAGACAGCUUUGAAUUCGACAACGUCCGCUAUCGCCCUGGUCAUGAACAGAGCUCUUCGGUCUCGGCCACCCCAAUGCAACUGGACUCGGAAUCAUUGAGCGACAACCUACGCGAAGAGCCUGUCAUUGUGGACGACGCAUCGACGGACUGGGCACUUGUGCCUUCGCCACCUGAUUCGCAGUCCUCGGCCAUGUCCCCUUCUUCGGGCUCGGGAGAGAAGCGUUACCCUGCUCUUGCGCCGAAAGCUUCCAGGUCAAGCUCUCACUCGGUAUCAGAGGGCUCCUCACAUCGUGUCCGGAAGAAGCGCAGUCCGUAUGAAGGCAGCAAAAAGACCGACACACAUCUCACCCGACAGGUGCAUGCCUGUGUCAGAUGUAGGAUGCAAAGGAAUAGGUGCAUUCCCGAUCCCAGCAACCCUCGCGGCCCUUGCUUGACAUGCCAACAGAGAACCGUCCGCAUGAGCCGGCUGCCAUGUCUGCGGUACAUGGUAACAGACACCAUACUCUUCCGGACUGGGCUCGACUACAUGCCCUUUUACAGAAACCACCCCAUGAUAGGUCCCAACUAUGGCGAUUUUCACUUGGAGCGGGAAUGGGUGCCAGGUCCAUCCAAGUAUCUCUGCUUGGGACAGAUUGGAUCCAUGAGCUUCAAGGUAGAGUUGAGACAGUUCGUGCCGCCCUUGAACUCGGGAGAUGUGGAUUUGAAAAACAGGCCCAUGUAUGCCGUCCCCUGGGCCGUGGCCGACCCGGAAGCUGUGGUGCAAUCAAUCCACGAAUACAUUGAUCGCGGCAUCACACGCUACAUGGACGCCUAUCUUGACGACUCGGAUGACCUUGUCUGGGGAAUCUUUCAGGCUGCCUACCGGGCAUCCAUCUUCCCUGUCCCGAAUGAAAUGCUUCGGAAGACGCUCAAGCUGUGGGUGGCUUGUCGAUUUGUCGAGUCCAAGUGGCGGUGCUGGGCUGCGGCUGGAUGGGCCGACGACGACAUCAAGGCGUCGAAUCCUCAGGACCCCUUUUACAAAGACAUCGAUUCCCUGCCUCCGUAUCUAGACUACCAGGUGGCAUCCAUCAUCAUCCACCGCAUCCUCAGUCCUCUCCGAAAAGACGUGCUGCGUGAACUGCAAGCGACGUUCAACGUCCACAGCCCCAAUGAUUGGUUCAUCAGCUUCCUGGCUUCGUUCAUCUUGCUGCAAAACUACGAAAUGCAGAUGCUCUUCCAACAGCAGUUUGCGUCCAGAAGGAAAGCCAGGUACCUUGACAUGCCACUCGUCAGGGCCACGAAUUCGGGGGCGAAGACGAUUCUGGCUCACUUCCACUACUGCUACAAAGGCCAGCAGCUGUUCACAGAGGGAUUUAACUGGAACGCCCCGCGAGUGCGUCGGAUGGCGCGCCUGGAUAAGGAACAAACCGAUUUUAUGGCGCAGUGCCGCGACAUUGUGGUCAAGAAGGGCCCCGUCUUUGAAGCCAUCAACCACACGGACGAGUAUCACAAGAAGUAUUGGUAUACGAGCCAGCUCUUCGACCCAGAUUGGACGCCUCGCGAUACGCUGGAACAUGCCCCGCCGGCCGAGAUGGAGGCUUGA